UACAAAUACAUGUUUUCUCCCCCACCGCCGCAUUUCUCUGAAGCUCCUUGCUCGCUCCCACCUCAGUCCGCUCUUGGCUCAGUCGGCCAUACAAAGCCCAACCCGCCCAUCUCUUCUUUUGCAAAGCCCGAGAACUUCAGUCCCCAUGUUGAAGCUCGGCGGUGGCGGUGGCGGUGGUGGUGGUGGCGGGCAGGACUGGGCAUGCUCAGUAGCUGGGACAGGUCUGGAAGGCGAGGAAGCUGUGUUUGAAGUCGCGCGGCUGGGGUAUACGGGAAAGGCGGGCUGCGGGGCCCCCGGCUCGGGGUGUGCGGGGAUCCCGGAUUCCGCGCCCGGAGCGGGCAUGCUCCGGGCCGGCCCCGGGGGGCCGACGCGCGGGGGGCAGGGCGUGGAGGAGGUGGGAGAACCCGCGGGAGGAGGGGAGGAGCACCCAGCUCUCCAUCCCCCGGCGCCGGCUCUGCGGCUGCUGAAUCGGAAGCCGCAAGGAGGAUCCGCGGAAAUAAAGACGCAGGAGAAUGACCUCCAGAGAGGCCGCAUGAGCCGGGGCCCGCGCACUGUCCCACCAGCCCCGGGCAUGGGCGACCACGGCGGGCACCCGGAGCUCUCGGCCCCGCAAGCCCCGGGGACUCCCGUCGGCGCCGGCGUUGCAGCCUUGAACGGGCUGCUGCACAACGGCUUCUACCCGCCGUCAGUGCAGCCGCCGCGCCUCUGCGGCCGGGGCCCUGCGGGCGGCGGCGACGCGGCGCCCCAGCGCCUCCCGCUCCAGCCCGACCUCCAGUCACAGCCGCCGCCCCCUCAGCACGAUUCCCCGGCCAAGAAAUGCCGGCUGCGGAGGAGGAUGGACUCGGGCAGGAAGAACAGGCCGCCGUUCCCAUGGUUUGGCAUGGACAUCGGUGGGACUCUAGUUAAGCUGGUCUACUUUGAACCCAAGGAUAUUACAGCUGAAGAGGAGCAGGAGGAAGUGGAGAACCUGAAGAGCAUCAGGAAGUAUCUGACUUCUAACACUGCCUAUGGGAAAACCGGGAUCCGAGAUGUCCACCUGGAACUGAAAAACUUGACCAUGUGUGGGCGGAAGGGGAACCUGCACUUCAUCCGCUUUCCCAGUUGCGCGAUGCACAGGUUCAUCCAGAUGGGCAGCGAGAAGAACUUCUCCAGCCUCCACACCACCCUCUGUGCCACGGGAGGCGGGGCUUUCAAGUUUGAAGAGGACUUCAGAACGAUCGCUGACCUGCAGCUCCAUAAACUGGAUGAACUGGACUGUCUCAUUCAGGGCCUGCUUUACGUUGACUCCGUCGGCUUCAACGGCAAGCCGGAAUGUUAUUAUUUUGAGAAUCCCACAAAUCCCGAAUUGUGUCAAAAAAAGCCGUACUGCCUGGAUAACCCAUACCCUAUGUUGCUGGUGAACAUGGGCUCAGGUGUGAGCAUUCUAGCAGUGUACUCCAAGGACAACUAUAAAAGAGUGACAGGGACCAGUCUUGGAGGUGGAACAUUCCUAGGCCUAUGUUGCUUGCUGACUGGUUGUGAGACCUUUGAAGAAGCUCUGGAAAUGGCAGCUAAAGGCGACAGCACCAAUGUUGAUAAGCUGGUGAAGGACAUUUACGGAGGAGACUAUGAACGAUUUGGCCUUCAAGGAUCUGCGGUAGCAUCAAGCUUUGGCAACAUGAUGAGUAAGGAAAAACGAGAGUCCAUCAGCAAGGAAGACCUCGCCCGGGCCACACUGGUCACCAUCACCAACAACAUUGGCUCCAUUGCUCGGAUGUGUGCAUUGAACGAGAAUAUUGACAGAGUUGUGUUUGUUGGGAAUUUUCUCAGAAUCAAUAUGGUCUCCAUGAAGCUGCUAGCAUAUGCCAUGGAUUUUUGGUCCAAAGGACAGCUAAAAGCUCUGUUCUUGGAACAUGAGGGUUAUUUCGGAGCUGUUGGGGCACUGUUGGAACUGUUCAAAAUGACUGAUGACCAUAGAGAUGAGCCAUAGAUGGAACAGCCUUCUGGGAGAACAGGGAACUGAGCUCUGGAAAGGGUGAAAGCCACUACAGGACGGAAGCCAAGCCAUUAUGGCAGAUGAACCUGCUGGAUUUGUAAAUAAUUUAAAAUCCUUCUAGCCGAUCUUUUACUCUUGGAUUUUGAGCUUAUGAUUCAAAAUGGGGAAUACAAGAGUUUUUUUCUGUAUACUGUAUUUUUAAAAAAAAAAUCAUUUGUGCAGCGAGGCCAAACAUACCAAUUUGAUGCAUUAACUUUAAGAAAUUGUACGAUGUUUAGGAAGGACCUGAAAUGUAAGUGCUGUUUAUUCUUCUUCUGGGGUUUACUGAUCAGUGUGGUAAUUUUAACUUCAUUUAGUAAUUACUCUAGGAGAUUUUACCUUUACUUAUUUUUCAUGACGUUUCAUGAUUUGCUGUUGGUUUCAAAUGAAACUACAAAUCUGGCAUGUUUUACUGUGAACACUAUUUUGUUUGUUUGUUUACCUUUUUUGGUCUUGUUUUUUUCUGUUUGAAUGUCUUAUGAAAAAAGAGAAUCCUUCCCCUUGUUUCUGUCCUUGGAUGACUCCCCACCCCUCUCAAUACUGUUCAUUCAUGUAAUUGUUUAUAUUAAUCAAGGUGCUGACCAAUUCAGUACAAAGUUAAGCACGAGAUCUAAAGCUCUCAAAAGUGCCCUUGAAGAGAAAACCCUGAGUGUUCACAAAUUUAGUGAGUCCUGAAAAAGUUGAAAAUUAUAUGCAAUUUUGACUUUCCCUUAUGAAUCUACAAUGUUGCAUUGGAUUUACUUUAUGUUAGGUCAUAUUAAAUUGAGACGUUCUCUGAUGGACUGUCCUCAUCCAUGCACAGCAUAUGAAUGGCAGCAAAUCCUUGUACAGAUGUUGGGAUUUACAGGGGCAAGUCUCCUAGCAGAGUAACUGUACACACUGGGAGGUUUAGGAGAAGUCAUGGCUUGAGGUGUCCAUGUAGUCAUAUCUGUGUUUUGUACAUGUAUUACCUAGGAGCUUUGUAACAAGGCAUCUUAAAUAAUAAUAAAGUUUUUUUUAGUUGAAAUAUUUUAAGCUGAAAAUUAUAUUUCAAUCCCACUUUCUAAAAUUUGAAAAGAAUAUGAUACUGAUGUAUUUUUUUUUUCUGUUUAAAUGAAAUCAUUGGGACCGAUGGGUAACUUUCUAAUGAGAGUCUUGUAUAAAUAUUGAAACACAUGAGAUCUAAUGAUUUAAAACUAAGAAAUCCUUUCAGUUGAUUUUUUGAAGGGCAGAACAGUUGCUCCAUGAUGAAACUUUCCUUCUCUGCCUUCUGGGCACCAUCUCUAAUUUCCAUGUCUUCAAGUCUUGAAGAAGUUGAUGUUAAUUGAAAUAUUCACUUGUCUGGUUGAAAUAAAGCCUGUUUCUGUUGUGA